GCAGCAUUCUCCCAGCAGAAUCCAUCCAUCUCGUGGCAGGAAAAUCCCCUCCGCUGCUGGUGUGGGGCUGUUCACUAUAUCCCACGUGUGCAACGUACUUGUUUUGCUGUCUGGGAGGGGAUGUUGAGCCAGAUUUCUUCAGUGGGCAGUGAGCAAGUGGUGUUUCUUCCUUUCCUUUUUCUUCAUGUGCAUCCUAUGCACAGAAUGCUCUCAGGCAGGCUGCUUGGAUGCGACUGCUUGAAACUCCUCUCUAGAACCAGGAACAUAUGCGAGGCUUUUCCUUUCAUUUUCCUGCUCCGGUUUUCUUUUCUACAGCUGGUAAAUACCUUCUCCUUACGCGUUACCUGGCCCAGAGGAAAAUCCAGAGCUGCUGCGAGGGAAUUCCACGGCCCCACUGCAGUGAUAGAAGCCUUUCACCACCAGAUGCUGCACCAAAGGGCUCCUCCAGUGCUGGCAAUGGCUUUGCAGCCCAUCUCCCUCCUCUCCCUGGUGUUGGUGUGGGGCUGCGUGGCCUCUUCCUCCCCCUGGCAUACAGCAGUGCUCCCCCCCCUAGACCUUCACAUCACCGAUCCUGGGCUCUUAGGUUCUCUCGAUAUAGAGUGGAAACCUCCACCCAACGUACAGACCUCCAAUGAAUGCACAGUGAAAUACAAGUGUGAAUACCGUAACACCGGCGACAGAGAAUGGAAGGUUAUUUUUACUAAGAAACUAAAACUCAGAGUUGGAUUUGACCUCAGCAGGACUGCUGAAGUGAAGGUCCAGACCCUGCUCAAAGGAUGGUGUACCAACGACGUGGAAGUUCAGAGUGAAUGGGUUUAUGCCACCUUUCGGGUCCCACUGCAAGGGAAACUGGAAUCUAAGGUUGAGAAUUUUCAUUGUGUCUAUCAUGACUGGGAAUACCUCAAGUGCACGUGGCAACCGGGUCUCCUUGCUCCUCGUGGUGUAAAUUAUGGACUAUACUAUUGGUAUGAGGGUCUGGAGCACACAGUGCAGUGUGACAACUAUAUCCAGGAUCAUGGUAUAAACGUGGGCUGCAUGCUGCAGAACCUGAGCCAGGCAGAAUACAAAGACCUGAGCAUCUGUGUCAAUGGGUCUGUGGCAGCCACCUCACUGAGGCCUCUGUAUGCCACCCUGCGCCUUCACAACCUGGCCAAGCCCUCACCCCCCCAGCAGCUGGUGGUCUCCAUGUCUGCAGCUGAGGAGCUCCGCGUGGCGUGGAGCCCACCUGGUGGCCAAACACCCCCCCAGUGCCUGGAGUACGAGGUGCAGCUGGCAGAGGAGCAGAGAGAGGCCAAGGCUGCCUGGGCGUCCAUAUCCACCCAAGUGGAAACUGCUUUCACCAUCUCCAGAGCAAAUCAGAGCCGUGUUUCUUGUGUCCGUGUCAGAGGGAGAACAAACAGUUUCUGUGCUGAUGAGGGCUUCUGGAGUGAAUGGACACAGGAGUGCUUCUCUGUAAGCAGAAAAGAAGUCAAGCAGCUAUUUAUCCUCAUUCCAGUCAUCCUGGGGUUGUCAAGUAGCCUCUUAAUAUUUACGUUGAUUGGCCAAUGCAAGAAAAGAUCCCCAGCAGGAAAACCAUUGCACACAUUGGUGGGAUGCUAAGUGCACCCAUGGCUGCUGUGUUUGAUGGGCUGCUCUCACAUCAUCCCAAGGACAGCCAAGAAGCCCGGAGCUUUCUAGGCCAGCGUGGGUCUCCCCUGUGCUGUGUGAGGCUGGCAGUCACAAUGCAAUCCUCAACAGGCCCAGGAAAACACGGGAGGAGCUGUAAACUGACUGGAGCAAACUGUUUCUAAUAACAAGGCAAAGGAGAAAAAGGAGGCGUGGAAAUUGUGAUGAAUAAAGAUAAAUAGGAUCCGCAGAGCAA